AUGACCUUAUCAAUAUCAUAUAUACUUGAAAUGAUACAAUUGAGUAUCCUAUUUGUAUUUGAACAACUUCGAAGAAUAACCGUUCCAAAUCCCGAAAAGUAUACUCCUCAAAUAGAAAGUAAUAAGAUUGCCACUCCAUUAACAUUACCGACUCCCGAUACAUCAAUUGAUGAAGGUGUUGUUAACCAAGACAGUUUUGUGAAUACCAUUAUUUUAUAUGCUUGUAUUGUAGUGGUAUUUUCAGUUGGUUUAGUUUCAGUUCUAAAGAGGGAACCACAUAGAGUAGCUGAAAUGGACUUACGAGUACAACUUCCUCCGUCAACAGCGCUGUCAAUAGUGACGUCUUCACCUUCAUCAUUAGCGGCACCAAUACCAGAACCAUUAAUCAAAACUCCAACAUAUGAAACAAUACUACCGGAAAUAUUCGAAUUCUCUCCUCUCGAAAGAACUCCAUCUAUCACUAGUUCCAAUUAUUCUUUAAAUUCAACUAUAGAUACUACUAGAGAUUUUAAAUAUACUUAUCGUGGAGAGUCGCCAGCGUUACAUUUAUUGAACUUUUCUGCUAAUUCACCUAGCAGAUCAACCAUUGUGUCACAAGUAGUAUCUGAAGAAACAGUCAAUGCUUCUUUCACAGCUUCAGAUUCUUCUUCUGACAGUUUAAGAAGAUUGAAAUCAUAA